AUGCGCAUACCAGCAACGGAUCAGUCUCCACUGUUCCAGCUCUCCGCCAUGCUCCCUCCAUCUUCUCCCCUCUCCCCAUCUCAUCCCCACUCCCCGUCAUCUUCUCCGUCAUCCCCCUCCCCCUUCCCUUCCUCCUCCGUUAACCCUCCCCCUUCCGCCUCCCCGUCCCCCUUCUGGCGCAUGCCCCUCUCCCCCUCCCGCGUUUACCUUAUUGAUUCACCCGCCUCCUUCCGGGCGGCAAGGGUUGACGUUAUCCUGUCCAAGGCAAUCAUGCAGCAGACGUACAGCUUGCAAUCGAUGGACAGCUGGCAGCAGGCAGACAGGUGGCAGGGGGCGGACGGGUGGGAGGAGGUGGUGCUGCUGCUGGACCUGCUGUCUCUCCCGCCCUGCCUGUACGCCCCCCCUCUCCGCGCCAUGCUGCGCGCCCCGCACACCCUCAAGCUUGGCUUUGCCUUUUCAGACGACCUCGAGUUCCUCCACCAAUCCCUCCCCUUGUACCACCGCUCCCUCUCCUCCCACCACCACUCCCUCCCCCCACAUCAUCACUCCCUCCCCUCACACCACCAAUCACCCCUCCCGCCUUCAUGCCACGAGCACCCGUCCCUCGACUGCUUCCAUCACGUGUCGCCCUUCAUAGACGUGGGCGCGGCCUACCACGCCAUUCGCCGCGCCCGCCUACACCUCAAGCGAGACAACCUGCUCUCCCUCCUCACCACCACCGCCCCUCCCGGCUCCCUCGCCAGCAGAUCAGUGCUGCCGCCCGCGUCUGGGCUGUCAGCGCUGGCGCAGGUGCUGCUGGGGGCGCCGCUAGACAAAGAAUUGCAGUGCAGUGACUGGGAGCAGCGGCCGCUGUCACGCCACCAGCUGCACUAUGCUGCUGCUGAUGCCCUCUGCCUUAUUCACAUGGCGCUCGCACUUCUCCCCCUCGCUCUGCGCCCCCACGCCCUCUCUGCCCAUGCCCUUUCCGCAAAUGGAAAGGGGCAGGUUGGACUAGCAGCAGUACAUGGAGGCCCAUCCACGUCACCAUCCCUGAAACUAAUAGAGUGGGCAGAGAGGGAGGGCCGUGUGCUUCUAACGAGGGACGUGAAGCUCUUCCAGCGCCGCCUGCUGCCGCCCACCCACAUGCACCUCAUUAGAAGCACCGACAAGCGCGAGCAGCUCCGCGAGGUGCAAAGGAGGAUCGCGUGGAGGCAGAUCUGCACCAAGGAAGCUACCAAGGAUCCGUUGAAGGAAGUCACCAAGUCGUCUAUCAAUGCACCGUUGAAGCACCUGCCACGGAGGAGAUGA